UAUUAUGAUCGCUAGUUAAAACAAGCUAUCGCGCUUCUUAUCGUUUGAUUCCAACUGCAUUAUAAAAUAUCAUAAAAUAUUAUGUACAAAGAGUGGAUUUAUAUACUAAUUUUUAUUCACCAAUAAUGGAUAUUGAAAAGCAUACCUAAUAACACAAUUGAAUGUAAUAACAAUCGCACGAAUUGUCAUAAUUACAUAUUUAAUAGAAGAUAUAGCAAAUAUUGAAGUGAAUUCGAUUACACGCUGCGUGUGGAUGAAUAUGGCUGAAAAUGUUACAAGAUCUAUAAUUCUACAACUUCUUAUUAUCGUUUAUUUAGUAUUGACAAAAGCAACGAUCACGCCGGAGGAUUAUGCCACUUCAAGCAACUUUCAGAAAAAAAGUAUUUCCAUAUGUCCGAAUUUAAAUUUCACACAGGAUAUUUCGUCCGAGAAAAGUGAUCAUCAUAUACUAAAUUUCAAAUAUGACCGGAGUCAUUCUGAUACUGUGAGAAAUGAGCGAGAAAUCAAUGAAAUUAGACUUGCAAAUAUUUCUGUUAUCCCAGAAUAUAUCGAAAGCAGUUUGAGCAAACCAACAUUUCUCCGAGGAUUUGUACAAUUCGACAGUCAAUUUAAAGAAAAAGUAAAUGACAUUUUUGUGACAUUGAGAUGGAACCAACCUGAAUUUACCGAUGAAAUAAUACAAGGAUAUACAGUGCAAUGUUUUCUCAUCGAGGACUUAAAAGAGAUUCAAAUUUGCGACGAUAAAAAUAUCACAACUUCAAAAUUGGAACACACGGUGCACAAUCUAACAUCUAACACAACAUAUUAUUUUCGAGUACGUGCGCAUACUAAAAUUGUUGUUGGUCCUUACACGGAUUUAAUCAAUGUGUCAACUACGCAUGAAAAUCCAAUACCUAAAUUAUUACUCGCAACGCGUCUAGGUAUGGAAAUAUUGGACGUGGAUUUAAACGUUACUAAUUUCGUAACAUCAGAAAUAAUAAUAGAACGGGUCGCUUUUUCGAUGCAAGACAAUAGAAUUUAUUGGAUAUCCGGAAGAAACCUAAUGAAAUUGGAGAUUAAUGAAAAUGAUGUUACAAAGAUGGCUAGCUUUGAAAAUCAUCUAUAUAAUCUUUGCAUUGACUGGGUAGCAAGAAAUCUAUAUUUCAAAUAUCGAGACUCAGACAGUUACGCUCGUAUUGUAAAGUUCGACAUAACAAUGUGGGAAAAUGGCAUAAUUAAAUAUGAUGAGAUUUUUAAAUCAAUAAAUGAUAAUGACCGUUUAAAUGUAUUACCGUCUAUGGGAAUUUUAUAUCACCCAUCAUACGAUUCGAAGGAUAAAGUAUAUGAUAUAAUGAAAAGUCAUUUUGAUGGGGAAAACAUUCAAAUUGAUCGGAUAAAUGCAUCCUUUUGCCUAUUUCAUUAUAGAGAUCCUAUCGGUAUGAUGACUGAUUACAUAAAUGAGGAGCCGUUAGUUUACUGGUUUAAUGAUGAGUAUAUACGUGUGACAGACAUUAACGUUUCUAUGUGCAACACGAUUUUAGACAAGAAAAACAUAAGUGAUGACAUCCACUUCCAAACUAUAACGAUUGACAAAACAAACAUUUACAUUUUAGCAAGUAUAUACGAAUAUUCGUCUGAAUUUACUCUUUACGUUUUGGAAAAGAAAUAUGCAAGUCUCGAGAGCGUAAAUGCAGCUGAACAUAUUGCAAAGAUAAUAAUAAAUUCAGAUAAGAAAAAUGAAUUUUAUAGUAUUUACGCUUUUGAUAAAUCUUUACAACCAUAUCCUCCAAUGAGAUGUCUGACACCUGACGAAAAAGUUUACAAUUUUGAGAAUGUGAAUGCAACAGCAAACAGCAUCAUUGUAAAUCUUCCGGAGCCGGUUGUAAAGAGUGGAUGCAAAAAAUAUAAUUUACCAACUACUAUAUAUACUAUCUUCAUAAGCUGUUUAGACAACAAUCUCAACAAGUCUGAGAAAUUCAAUGUCAUGACGGCCGACCGAUAUUACGAGAUUCAGAACUUGACACCAUUUACAGAGUACAAGUUGAAGUUUACUUUAAGCAAUUUUUACUUCGAUCAAUUAUCAAUAAAUCCAUUCGAUUCGAAUGUGAUACCAAUAAAAACUAAUUCGGGCAAGCUUAAUGCACCAGAAAACAUAAGUGUUCUAGCUUUGACGCCUACUAUAUCAGCAGUUCAAUGGAUACCACCUAAGAAAGUGUACUGUGCGGUCGUGACUUAUGAAGUGCAAGUUACAUUAGUGAACGGCACGCAACACGAGAACAAACAACUUAUCAAUGCGCCGAAACGUAUGGCAGACGGCAGAUUUUUCACAAAGAUUAACUUGCCGCGACCGGUACAAGAUUAUUUGAUAUACGUGCGUGUGUAUCCAAAUAAUUUCAGCGAUUUCUACAACGAGAGUUUAAGCAAGAUCGUUCAUUUAUACUCAGAACCCAACAAUAUUACUUUGAGCAACGUCAGCAUAAAUAGCAUGAACAUUUCAUGGAUCUCAAACAUUAAUCUGACGAUCUUUUUUACACUACAGUACAAAGAUAUUGAAGCAGAAGAGUGGCAAGCAAUGAAUUCUAUUAAAAUAAAUUAUAACAAUGAAGUACUAUACCAUGUCAAAAAUUUACAAUCGGCAACUUUAUACAAGUUUCGCUUGCUAUUGAGAUACAUCGAAUAUGAGGAAACCUUUAUAUGGUCGGCUAAUGAAAGAUUUAUUUUUUCAACGCUUGAUAUUCCGAGCACACCAGCAAUAAUAGCGAAAGAAUUUUACUUACUACUGUUGUUAAGUUUUAUCGUAAUAGUUACUAUAAUCUGCAUCUACUACUUUUAUCGUUUGUAUCGUCAACGCAGAAGUAAUAACGACCAAUUUUUAACAUUGACCGAUGUAGAAUUGGAGAUUCUACGUGAAGAACCUUACGGAAACACUCAAUUCAAUAUAAUUUACAAUCCUAUGUUACAUUGUAAUCUGAAUGAAUGUGCGAUACAAAAAAUUGCACGUAAACAAAUUACACUUACAAAACGUAUUGGUAGCGGCGCAUUCGGAAUGGUGUAUCAAGGAAAGGUGAAGAACUUAGAAGGUUCGGGAACAGAGACAUCCGUUGCAAUAAAAACGGUUAAAAAAGAUGCUUCUUUCGAUGAGAAAAAGAAAUUGUUAAAGGAAGCCGAGCUUAUGAAAUAUUUUCAACACAAACAUAUAUUAAGAUUGUUGGCCGUUUGUUUAGAUGGGGAUUCUCCGUUACUAGUGUUGGAAUUGAUGGAAACUGGUGAUCUUUUAAAAUAUUUGAGAGACUGUCGAAAUUUGGAACCGUCAGAUUCGCUUGCUCUGCGUUUGCAAGAUUUGCUUGCCAUGUGCGAAGAUGUUGCGCGAGGUUGUUGUUACUUGGAAGAGUUGCGUUGCGUACAUAUAGAUCUAGCGUGUCGUAAUUGUUUAGUAUCUUCGAGAAAUCGCGAGGAUCGUGUCAUCAAAAUUGGAGAUUUUGGACUAGCUAGAGAUAUCUACAAGAAUGAUUAUUAUCGUGUGAAAGGACAAGGUUUGCUUCCUAUUCGCUGGAUGGCACCCGAAUCUUGGAUGCUCAGAAUAUUUACUUCUCAAAGCGAUGUUUGGUCAUUUGGGGUAUUAAUGUGGGAAAUUACAUCGUUGGGUGAGCAACCUUAUGUUACCAAAACUCAUGAAGAAGUGAUAAGUUAUGUACGUAAUGGAGGCAGGUUGCCGAUGACUCUUAACUGUCCGUCACCAUUGUACCAAUUGAUGCUACGUUGCUGGAGUGCAGCGGAUGCUAGACCAAAUUUCAAAUUUUGUCUGGAAAGUAUUAUAGCAUUAAGAAAGAACAUGGAAGAUGCCCUACUGAGUCCGGUCGAUACGAUUUAGCCGAUAGAAUUAAAUUAAUGUUUAUCUUGUUUUUCAAACGAUUCAAUAAAUCUUAAUGUAAAAAAAAUGU